UGUUAGUCGCCUGAAGCGAGAUCAGUAAAAGAGAGUAGUGCAAUACAUAGACUUGCUUUCGUUGGUCAGUCUUAAUUCAGCCUUUGAGUGAACCGUAUCGGGAAAUUCACUUCGAGCCAAGUCGUUCAUUAUUAUCCUCUUCCAUACACAUUAAUAUUUUCACUCGAGCAAUUCUGUUGAAAGGAUAUCAUCUUUAAGUUUUUUUUACAAUCAAUUAUCAAAAAAAUUACAAGCUGUAGUGACAGAAGAAAUUAAAUAAUAGUUUAAUGAUAAUAUCAUCAAGCUAAAUUUGUUGCUUAUUAGUUGAGAUAUAUUUUAUCACUCAGUUUUAUUAAAAAGAAGAAACGUUUUUCAUUGAGAAAUCAUGCCGAGUAGUAAAACAAGAAUCGCUAUUGUGGGUGCUGGAGUAGCUGGUUUAGUGGUAGCUCGUCAUAUGGUGGCCAAGUUGGAUACUUACAGUUUUGUCCUUUUCGAGCAAACCGAUCACAUUGGUGGCACAUGGGUAUACACUGAUGAAACGAAUCUUGACAAACAUGGGCUUUUGAUACACAGCAGCAUGUACAAGAAUCUCAGAACAAACAUACCGAAGGAAGUAAUGGCAAUACCUGACUUUCCCUUUAAAGAUCCAGACAGCCCAUCUUUCACUCAUCACAGCGUGAUAAGAGAAUAUCUCAUAGCCUACGCAAAGCACUUUAAUCUCCAUCCCUACAUUAAAUUGAAUACUCUGGUGAAGCGCAUAGAGCCAGAAACUACGAGGAAUGGCCGGACGUUGUGGACAGUGACGUACGAAUCACUGGAAACCAAGGAAGAAACCAUAAAGACCUUCGACGCCGUGGUGCUAUGCAACGGUCAUUACUCUGUCGGUCGUAUUCCGCAUAUUCCAGGUAUCGAAAGCUUUCGCGGUAGACGCAUUCACAGUCAUCAGUACAGAAUGCCAGAGGUCUACGCCGGCAAGAGAGUUUGCAUACUUGGCGCGUCCUGGUCCGGCAUCGAUAUCGCCUUGGAAGUCUCGCAAUACGCCAAUAAAAUAUAUCUGAGUCAUAAUCUACCGGAACAAUUCGACUCGAAAAUGUCGAACAACGUUGAGCAAAGACCUGGUGUUGCAUCUGUCCAGGGAAAUGUUUUCACCUUCCUCGAUGGUUCUACGGCAGAAGUGGACGAUUUCAUAUUCUGUACUGGUUACAAGUUUACGUAUCCCUUUAUGUCGGCUAAAGUCGAGAUACGUACGGAUGACGACCACGUGGAACCCAUCUACAAACACCUAGUGCACAUGGAUUACACGAGUCUGUUCUUCAUGGGUCUGCCCGCACUAGUGAUACCGUUCCCGAUGUUCCACAUUCAGGCACAGUACAUCCUCGCCAUUCUCGAGGAUCGUGUUAAGCUACCGUCCUCACAACAAAUGCGUGAGGAAUUUGAAAUCGAGAAGAAGUCAUUGCUGGAUCAAGGCAUUCCGCUGAGACAUAUCAACAAGUUGAAGGACAGGCAAUGGGCUUACUACGACGAGCUCGCGGCCGCCGCAAAUGUACCGGGUUUUCUGCCGGUAAUCAAGAAGAUCAUGGAUCAUGCCUUCGAGAUGCGUGACGUAGACUUCACCAUCUACAAAAAUUAUCAAUAUCGCAUCAUCGACAGUGAAAAUUUCAGCGUAUCUUAUUGUAAACCUUGUUAGGGUCUACGCAUAGAAAAUGGAAUAUGAACAUAAUUUUAUUGCAAAAACAGUGUCGUACGGAUUCGGACGAACCGUUUGCAUCUUGCAACGUUAGCAUCAUUUCGUUACAAGAUUAUACGCCACGAUUCGAAACGAAAACUAUUCUUUCGAUCAACGGCAGAUUUUAUAACAAUGAGAACCACUUAAUGAAAGUUGGCCGUUAAACAUAACGCAUUUCUUCGCGAGACCAUGUCGCAAUAAUACCUUGUUACAGCAGUAAAUGUGUGAUACGAAAAAAGAUAAUUAAAGCACAGAGAAACAUCGGGUUAUCAACGUUGCCUACAUUCGUCAUAAUGUACAACAAUAUGUGUAUAUCUUCGUUAAUGAUUAAUCGUCAGAACUCUUCGGAUAUUUACAAUAAAAAGGUAUCACUCAUGCCAUGCGCACACACAAAUACAAAUACAUAGAAUUGCUAUAAAAUUGAUCAAUUUUAUUUGAAUUCUAUGAAAUGAAUCUACGUUUGUAUUAUGUAUAUAGUAUAUACAUGCAGAAUGAGUUCUGUUAUUAUUUUUUUAUCUUAUCUGAACUUUAAUAAAGUUUACAACCCCACUUAACCAUUUAGAAAUCUACAAAGAGAAAACGAGAAAAAAAAA